AUGUCAUUGAUAUCAACAGCCCAGGGGUCGGGUUCAGCAGUCUUUGAGGAAUUGAAGCUAGACGAAGGGUUAGGAGCCGUGUUAAGAUCCUCGGGGUUAGCAGUCCAUGAGGUCCACGCAGAAGACAGCAUGCUAGGAUCAAUGAUGGAAGCUGAUGAGCUUGAGGAAACCUUUUCAGGAGGGGGAGUAACACUUCAAGGUUGCACUACCAGGUACGAUGUAACGAGACAACAAUUGCUGGACACUAUACAAAUCUGCUAUACUUGUAGACAAUCCGAAGCACGGGAAACAGAGUCCGAAGGUUUCGUCGGGUUACCUCGGAUUAAUGUCGGGAAUGUAAAGAAUGUCGGGGAUAGUGAAUGGUGGGAUACUAACUACGAAUAUCUAAUGACCUCCUCCUACUUGGAGGUAGAAAGUGUUAGCGAUGUGAAAACAGAUAACUGCGCACCUAGUGGGGAUAGAUACGACAGGACAGGACAUAGGGAGGAUAAGUGCGCGGGAAAAUAUCGGGUCUGA